CAAAUAUGGAAACUGAGGAGAAGAAGGAUAUGCAAAAGGAGGCUUCAUUAAGCAGCAUUCCAGCUGCUUUGCAGUGGAAACGUGCUGCGCUCAUGGCGAAAACCRCCGCUGCUUCGAGGGAGAAUAUCGACAACGACAGCGACGCAGAMGAUGUGGACACAAAGCAGGCGAUUAAAUAUGGCAACAAAUGUCAGGCGACGUGCGGUAUUCUGAAAGAAUACUGUGAUUACAGUACGAUACACGGUUUCCGUUAUUUGGGCGAAACGAAACGGCCGCGUUGGGAAAGACUUUUCUGGGUAUUUGUGCUGAUAUUCUCCAUUUACACUUGCGCCACGCUGAUCAUGAAUAUUUGGGAUAAGUGGAACAAUAAUCCGGUAAUUGUGUCGUUUGCCGAGAAAUCCACACCUGUCUGGCAGAUACCUUUUCCCACUGUAACGGUUUGUACUGAAACAAAGGGAAGGCAAACCGUUUUGAAUUUCACCGACAUGUAUUGGAAAAUAUCGGACCGAUUUAACAAUGUUUCUCAGAUUGACUUAACGGAACAAGAGAGCGUACGCAUGGAAGCUUUGGCUCAAGUCUGUGAUGCGCACUUGUUGACUGACUUUAAAUUUGGACAUCAGCUAGCGUCGGGCUCUGAGAUCGUCAGUUCGCUGAGCGCUAUCACGCCUGUGUUUAAUGAGACUUACUUGAAUUGCAAAUGGCGUAACUCUCCAGAGAAAUGCCAACAAAUCUUUAAGAAAUUUAUAACCGAAGAAGGUGUUUGUUAUAGCUUCAAUUCACUGAGUCCCAUGGAGAUAUUCCGGCCGGAGGGUAUGAUUAAGGAGAUGCUUUUUCAAACUGACAAUCGCACGGCCACCGAUUGGAAUGUGGAGGACGGCUAUAGUACAAGUGCCGAUCCUGAAACCUAUCCGGAACGUGUGCUGGGUCCCGGAGCACGUGCUGGUCUAUAUAUGGUGUUGAAUGGAUUCGAACAGGACUUUGAUAAUAUGUGUCGCGGUCCGGUGCAGGGUUUCAAGAUCAUUUUGCAUACACCCGGCGAGGUGGCACAAAUAUCGAAACAAUACUUCCGCAUACCCUUCGAUCAGGAGGUUUUGAUUUCGAUAAAACCCAAAAUUAUAACUACCUCGGAGGGUUUGCGUCACUAUGAGCCACAUAGACGUCAGUGCUACUUCCAAAAGGAGCGUUAUUUGCGCUACUUCCAAAUUUAUACGCAAAGUAAUUGUGAGCUCGAGUGCUUGUCGAAUUUCACCCUGAGCCAAUGUGGCUGCGUCAAGUUCUCCAUGCCCCAUACACCGGACACACCAGUUUGUGGCGCCAGCAAUGUGAAAUGCAUCAACGAAGCUGAGGAUCAACUCUUACUCAAGGAAUUUAAUCAGGGCGCUGAAAGUGCAGGCGAAAAUGUGCGUGGACGCACCGAAUGUGAUUGCUUGCCUUCAUGUACCUCCAUCGCUUAUGAAGCGGAAAUUUCACAAUCAGAUUUCGACUACAAAUUAAUCGCGAAUACUUUUAAGCAGGAAGACGUUAAUAAUUUUAUAACAAACAAUAAAAUGUCCCGCGUCUCCAUAUUCUUCAAAGAAGCACAAUUUCUAACUUCCAGACGCUCGGAAUUAUACGGUACCACUGACUUUCUUGCCAACUGCGGCGGUUUGUUGGGUCUCUUUAUGGGCGUGUCUAUCUUGAGUAUUGUCGAGAUCGCCUAUUUCUGUUCCGUGCGCCUCUGUACGAAUCUGCGCAUGCGUCAUGCGCGUCGCAAAGAACUGGAACGUGAAGGUGAAACUACGAAGGAAGCCUAGACGUGUUUUCUCUGUUAUAUCUAAAUUGAAUUUUAUAAUUGGCGCUUCAAACAAUUGCGAUUUUCUA